GCCCCAGGGUGAGGACAAGGAGGAGGUGGAGGAGGAGGAGAAGGGUUUGGUUGACUUGCAGCUGUUUGUCUGUUCGACACAGGCUCGGGCCCGAUUGGGUAGACGGAGGCUUAGAUGAGGAAACUGAGUCUCAAAGAGGUUGAAAAUGGAGCACCUAUGGGAGGACAGAUGCCAUAAUUCAUUUGCUUAACAUUUAUUAAAGUCUUCAUAUGCCACAACCCACUCCUCCCAACUCCUUCCCCCAGGAUCUGAGAAAAGAUGAGAUCACGAACAUGACCAGUGACUGAACUGAGCAAAGGGCAGCCCAGGACUGCUGAGAAGCUGGGAAGCCCCCUUCCCCUCCCCCCCUUCCCCAUCCCCACCCCAUCCCACCCUAAUAUUUGACCAUGACAAGCAGAGGCACAGCUCGGCCCAAUGGCCAGCCCCAGGCGAGCAAGAUUUGCCAAUUCAAACUUGUCCUGCUGGGGGAGUCUGCAGUAGGCAAGUCUAGCUUAGUGCUGCGAUUCGUCAAGGGGCAAUUCCAUGAAUACCAGGAGAGCACCAUUGGAGCCGCCUUUCUCACACAGUCAGUCUGUCUGGAUGACACAACAGUCAAGUUUGAAAUCUGGGACACAGCAGGACAGGAACGAUACCACAGCUUGGCACCUAUGUACUACCGGGGUGCCCAGGCUGCUAUUGUAGUGUAUGAUAUCACUAACCAGGAAACCUUUGCCCGAGCAAAGACAUGGGUGAAAGAGCUACAACGACAGGCCAGUCCCAGCAUUGUCAUUGCCCUGGCAGGAAACAAGGCUGACUUGGCCAACAAGCGCAUGGUGGAAUAUGAAGAGGCCCAGGCAUAUGCAGAUGACAACAGCUUAUUGUUUAUGGAGACGUCGGCCAAGACAGCCAUGAAUGUGAAUGACCUCUUCUUGGCUAUAGCUAAGAAACUGCCCAAGAGUGAACCUCAAAACAUGGGGGGUACAGCAGGCCGAAGCCGAGGUGUGGAUCUUCAUGAGCAGUCGCAGCAGAACAAGAGCCAGUGUUGUAGCAACUGAUGGGGUGGCUGGCAUCGAAUGAGUGUGGAGCAAGCCCGAGAGCUAAGACAUAACUUCAGUCCCCACCCCUCAGCACACAGCCCCUCCGGUAACAGCACACUGAGCCCUGGCUCCCAACAGCUCCGUCAUGGCACUUGUUAAUGCUUCAGCAACCAACAACAACAGGCAGCUGUUGCCACCGGCCUCCCACCCUCUGCCCUGGGGCUCAAGGGGGUGCUUAGUUCCCCCUGGAACUUACCUUCCAAAACAAACUUUCUUCACUUUGUAUUAUAGGUGCAAGACAAUAACCUACUUAUCUAUCUUUCUCUUCCCAUCCUUCGUCCCCAUGUCUUCAGAUAACAUUUUUGUCACUUGCUCCUUCUGCUUUCCAUCAAUAACUGGUUUUGGUCCCUUUCCCCACCUUGAUGUUCCCCUCUCUCCAGGGUUGGAGAGGUGGACUUGAGAUAUGAGAAGGGGUUAACAGCACAUCCACAUUGGUAACCUGGGGUGGGGGGAAGGGGGUAGAGGGGAGGGGGGAAUAGGGUCUGGCAGGAAAACAGCUCCUUUUUUCUCAUUAUAUAAUGGGUAUUUCCCACAUUUGAAGAAAGCUGCAGUGUCCAUGAUCAUCUUCUUCUACCCCUGGGUGGGUGGAUGGGAAACUUCUGGGCAAAGAUGAGAAUAGGGAGAAAAGUGUGCAGGGUCAUGCUGAGUUAGUUAACCUGGGCAGAUGAAGAGGCUUAGGGCUCCUUGUGAACUCUAUAGUAUUUUCUCUGCUUUUAUUUUUCCUUGGCCUUUGGGGGCUCUUCCCCCGUGGUGAUUCAGCCCCAGGGUCUUCCAAAGAACCGUUAUUGGGUGCCUUUUUCUUGGCUCUGCUGUGGUCUAGUUGGAGGAGGGACCAGUCUCUGAUACCCAUCCUCUGAUUGAUAUACAUAUAGAAUUGUUUUGCUCAUUGGCCUCAGCCCCAUCACCUGCUCUCUCUCAACCCUGGGCAUGGCCUAUCACUGCGGUUUGCACUUUAGUUGAUGGUUGGUUUAUCUGGGAUGCUUGUUUUAUGGGGUUUUUAACGCAUGCACCUUCCUUUUCUAACUACGUGAAAAGUGAGGUGUAUAUGAGGUCUGUGGGGUAGGUGAGAAAGGGCAGUGGCAGCUACCCAAACCAAACCCUCUCUCCUCCUUAACCCUACCCCCAAACUUUGAUUCCUCUCCACCUUGUCCACUCCUCAACCCUUUGCUGUGCUUGAGACCUUAACACUCUGAAGACCUGGUGGGGAGACUGAGAUUGAAGAGUGCUCAGGGAAGCACAGGCCAAGGUAGAGAUUAAGGCAUGUCCCAGGCAAGGAGCAGGGGUAUGGGGAGAGGGGAGGACAGCUACCUUUCCCUCAAAUGGGAGUCACUCAUUUGGAUGCCCUAUCCCUGCUGUCUUUUCUACUUCCCUGUAAAUAGGUAUGAUGAUCUCUUUCCCCAUUGUACAGUCUGUCAUGCCAUUUGGCUUCCGAACAGGCCCCAGUCACACCCUAUUUCUUCUAUCAGGGUCCCUAGCCUUAACCUACCCCUACUCCUUUGGGUUAUUGGUCAACAUCCCACCCCUGAGGGAGAAUGACAAUUCAUUCUUUCUACCCUACCCCUUUACAUAUAUUCCUAGGAGCUAUGGCCACCAUAUCCUGCUCUUUUGUCACUACUCCCUCCAAGGGAGCAUAAGCCACAAAGCCCUGGUUGUAGUCCCACAGAUCAUACUAGCUGCUCUUCUGGCCAGUGAAGUAGCUGGUUUCAAGAGUUUCUUCACAAUAGUGUUACUCCAUUAAGAGGGAUUAAUACUUGCUGCAUCCAGAGUAUAGAUCUCUGAGGUAAAGGUAGGUGGAAAAGGGCCUGGACCUAGAGUAUUUGGGAAAAACUGUCAAAGGAGCAAUUUCUAGGAGGAAGUAGAAGAUUACUGUUGCUCCAGGUUUCCUCUUGUUCAUCAUUAGCAAAGUGGUCUAAUAUUUAGGAGAAAACUAAACAGGACCAUGGCUGACUUUUGAGUCCUGGGGUUUGGGUCCUACCUGUUUUCUUGGCCCACAGACACUUGAACUGCCUUACCUAUCUCAAACAUACCAAAAAAAAAAGCUGCGAAAUUUAUAACCCUACAACCUUGUUGGAUUCAUUUUAGGCCCUUCAGCUGAGCUUUUCCCAGUGUCAUCCUUAAUUCCGUGGGGGCCUGGCAGAUUCUUUUUCUUUCUCUUCAGGUUACCAUCAACUCAUCAAACACCCAGCAUUCUUCAGAGAAGCUGGGGAAGUAGGAGGGAUCUCUAGAUCUUUGCAUAUUCGUGUGUCUGUUCCUUGGAGUGAAGGUAUCUCUUUGCCUUGGGAUUGGAGCCUUUUCUCCAGAAGAAUCUCUUCUCUGUCUCUACACCACCACACCGCCCCCCCACACCUGCUCUUUAUUCCCCCACACACACACACUUAAGGAACAGGAUUGACCUUAGCUUCUUUAGCUUGUCUGCUGUCUUCCCUCUACUUCCCAUCCAUCCAUCCUUUUUCUGCUUGCCUCUGGGCUCAGUGAGAUGGUAGCUUUACUGGGCUUUGAGAGUUUUUUAAUUUUUCUGCUUUUUUUUUCUGAUCAAUUGUUUUUAUGGGGUUUUUUUGAGACUUUUUUUUUUUGCUUCCAAGAAAUCAUUUGUCUUUCUCCCUUUCCCUUCCCUAAAUAUAACAAUCAUGGUAACAGAAUGCACCUGCUGAUUUACCAAUGUAUUUAAUGUAAGUAAAAAAGAAAAGAGGGAAAAAAGAGGAAAAAAGUGUAUUAGUGUUUCUUUCCUGCUAUUUUUCUAGCUGAAGCUAGAUGUUGGGAAAGGAGGGGACAGCUACAUUGAAUCAAAAUGUCUAGUUUGAUUCCAUUUUCCAUCUCCUCCAGGACAUUGAAGGUGGCUUCAAAAAGGGCCAAAAUUACUGUUUUGGGUUUUUUUUUUUCUUGGUAGGUCCUUCUCUGUUUCUAAAGGAGCAAAUCACUCAUAAGGUUAUUAGAUCCCUUUGGAGUUUCUCCAAUCUGCUUACCUUUUUUUGUGUGUCAUGGGCACCUUUGGUGAAAGCUAUAGCCCCCUUCUCAGAUAAUCUUUUUUUAAAAUUCGUAAUCAGGGAAAUGCUAAAUUGCAGUUAGAAUUUGGUGAAAAUAAAGUUGUAAAAAUUUUCCCAUCCAAGUUCAUGGACCCCUUGUGAGACCCAUGUCUCCUCUGAUAUUAUCUUUCCCUCCUCUUCCUAAAGCAGAGGAAAAGAGAAUGGAAGGCAGGAUUUAAAUAUGCCCAAGGAAUAGAAAGUGGAAGAGAAGGAGCCCCCUUUUUUCCCUAAGCUGAAGUGUCAGCCUUGCUCUAACUGCCAGUAAGACAGGUAGGGAUCAGGCCUCCUGGACCACUAGUUUGUGCCUGAGUCUAGGUUGAUAACUGCUUAAGAGCUUUUUACCAUACUCUCUCUCUGACUUGAUUUACUGCAUCUUUGAUACAAUCAGUACUGCCAGGACUCCCUUAUUCACAUUAUUAUCUCCUUUUCUCUUCACCAGCCAGGCUUUUUCUGUUAAUGGAGUGGGGGAGCAUGAUAGAAGCACUCUAGCUCUAAUGUUGCAAUAGGGUCAUCCUGUCACUGGGGGGCGGUGUGGGAAUGUUAAGACACAAGACCCCCAACUGCAGGUUAGCCCGUAGAUUUCAUUUCUACUCACUUCUGCCUCGACCUGGGUAUAUGAGAAUCAUGUCUUGACCUCGAUUCCGUAUCCUCAAGGGGCAAACGGUCACGGAAGGGAGGCGUCACCAGUAAGAACGGAAAAGCAGGAGCAUAUCACUUUUUAAAGGGACGGGUUUUGAAGUUGCAGGUGAGAGAAUUUAAUCACAUCACCCUCUCGAUUCCACACUGUGCCCAAGGGCAAGGUACAGCGCUAAAUACUGAAGAUUAAAGACAAAUGAAAUCCCCUUUAGAUUGUACUCCAAUGUCUGGGUCAUGCAGGAGAAGCAAAAUAUUGCUCUCCGGAUGGAUUUCAGUAUUUCGACUUGUUUCUCUAGAGGGAGACUAGCUGCCAAAAUCAUUUGAAGGCAUAGGUAUGACCGUUCCACUGACCUCAAAUCUCUAGCUUCCUGUAGCCAUGCUUCUGUUACCUUCCUCCCUUACGCUUCUACCUAGACUGGACAUACCAGUCCUGUGGAUUCUCCCAGGAAUGCAAUCCCUCCAUCCUGCCUUUAAAAAAAAAAAUCGUCAAGCCUUAGACUUCACCUUCUUCGCUGGAACCCUCAGCUCUAAGUGGUCUCAUCCUCGUGCUUUCCUAGGACACUGGCUCUCUCUUAUUCCAUCACUCCCCACCCCUUCUUAUAUAUGUAUGUUGAUACCUAUGACGUAUCAAGAGAACGCAGAAAUGCGUAGGCACAUUUGGUGGACUCCCCUGUGGCAGUUUUAUGAGAGAAUUUGAAGGAAAGUCACAAUGGUUGGGUUACCAGCAGCAUUUUUUGGAGGAAAUAACCCACAUCGAUGAGUUCACAGAUCGAUUAGUCUUGGAAAUCAUAUGUAUACUUUCCAAUAGAAUGUAAGCUUCUGGGAGGCAGGGACCUUGUUUUUCUUUUUUGUAUGCUCAGCGCCAAGCACAAUACCUUGCACUUGGUAGACGCUUAAUAAAUAUUUCCUGAACGUCGA